AUGUUCUUACUAAGUGGCACCGAUCAUCUUAGUCCAGAACAACUCAUUAAUCUUAAGGAGCAUAAAUAUUCCUGCCGGGGUUCUUCGAUUUCCGAAAAAUACUUUCAAGUUUUUUGGACCAGUCUUGUGCCCUACAUACCAAAAAAUGUCGCCCCAAAUACCAUUACUCUAAUUGGACUUAUUUUAAAUACACUCAGUGUACUCAUUCUCCUCUGCUACAGCCCAGAUCUAAAGUCUAAUGUUCCAUCAUGGGCUCUUGUGACAACCGCCAUCUGUGUUUUUAUUUACCAAACUCUUGAUGCCCUAGACGGUAAACAUGCCCGUCAAACGAACACAGUAUCCCCGCUCGGGGAGUUAUUUGAUCACGGCUGUGAUGCAGUUGCCUCCGUCUUUGUUCCUCUCUGCCUAUGUGUCACCGUAGGUAUUGGCACCCAUCCUUCCAUUGUAUUUAUUCAAUUUUUCACAUUCCUCGCGAUGUUCUAUCUUGCCCAUUGGCAGUGUUAUAUCACUGGUUACUUGGAAUUCGGAAAAAUCGAUGUGACUGAAGGACAAAUUAGUGUAAUGGGACUUCUAUUAUGGACAUCAGUUUUUGGAGUUGAAUUCUGGUCAUAUCGGAUUCCUCUAAUCGAAAUGCCCCUGAAAUUUAUUCCAUUCCUUGUGAUUUCUGCGAUGGCACUGGUGAACAUCAGGAAUUUUUUCACGGUUCUUUCGCAAGGAGGAGCGGGUAAAGCAGGAACAACGGUCGCUGUAAGUCCCCUUUUUGAAUGCAUAUUAGCUUUUUUUGCUCCAUCUAAUUUUGUCUUGCCGCUCUUAUUUCCCAAUCCUUGUUGUUUUGAGUUUGCUUAA